UAUCAGUCGCUAUCGCCGCGAGCCGCGGCAGGACGCUCAGUCGGACACAGUGCGACUCGGCCGCCCGCGGGACCAGCAUCUCCACCGCCACCAUGGACUGCGACAUCUGCCUCGAGGAGCUCAACCAGGUGGAGCGCGUGCCCAAGAUAGUGCCGUGCGGGCACACCGUGUGUCUGAGGUGCCUCGAGCGGAGCGACAGGAAGGAGUGCCCGAUGUGCCGCAAGGCCUUCGAUGUCCCCCCGGACGCACUGCCCAACAACUUCUACCUCCUACGACAGAUGGAGCUCCCAGACAGGCCCCCCCGCGGCUGGUGCUCGGACUGCCUCGCCGUCGCAGCGCCCCGCUGCUGGGAGGACCACGACGUCCUGCCCGUCAAGAGAGCCCUAAGGCGCCACCUGCAGGGCGCGCUGCAGGAGGCGGCUGGGCAGCUGGAAGGCCUGCAAGACCAAUGCCAGGAGGAGCAGGCCGUCCAGGCCCUCACCCUGCUGACUAAGAAGUCCUGGAACUUGACCCUGCAGGGCGAGGGCCACGAGCUGACGGGCACCGUGACGAACACGGAGGACCCCCUCACCCGGGCCAUGUGGCUGCUCGUCACCGCGAAGGCCGCUCUCACCAAGCGUCGUGUCGAGGCGCGGGGUCCCCCGCCCGCAGCCCCGGGCCCAGCACCUCCACAGGCGCGGCCGGAGCGGGAGAUGGAUGUGACUGCAGUCAGCGUGACCAGACCCAAUGAGCGGCAGCAGGACAAGGCGGCCCUCCUCGCAGCAGCGCCCGGGGUGACCCGGCUGGUCGAGGUGAACUGCGACGGUGACCCCGCCUGGAGCCUCCAGCUGCUGCAGCGCGCCGCGCCCACGCUGGAGAGGCUGCAUGUGCGCCACCCCCGCGAGGCCCACCUGCGCGCGGUGCACGCCAUGCCGCGGCUGAGGAGGCUGUACGUGGUGGGUAAUGCCCUGCGCGCCCAGCCCCCCGAGCUGCCCGCGCUGCCGCCGGGACACACCGGCCUGCAGUGGCUCAGGGUGUACAACAUCCCCCGCGCCACGACACAGUCCCUGCUGCGGGCGCACGGCGGCACGCUGGAGGAGCUUGAGCUGUGGGUGGGCACGGCAGGGAGUAUAGGGUGGUGGCAAAAGAGCUGCGGCGACCUGCACUCGCUGCUGCAGCAUAGCAGGCUGCGGGCGCUCAGGAGGCUCAUGCUGCGGAGGGACUGGUACAGCCAUGAGCCAGCCGCCUGCAGGGAGCAGCGCGCUGAGGUGCGGCGGGUGCUGCCCGGGGCCGAGGUGCUGUGCGACACGUGUGACGGUGUGGAGCAGGAAGAGGUAUAGGUCUGUCAAGGUGUGUCUAGAUGUGCUGAGGAAACUAUCUCAUCUUCUGGACAAUUUAAGUUUCGAUUUGGAUAGAUUUCCAAUCGAAAAGAAAGUAACGUGUGAAAACCCGACCCCGAGCUACUUUCCGUGGAACACUUAUAGGGCACCCGGCUCUUAAGAGGGUAGUUUCUUUUGCAUUUUUUGGUCGAUUUGUAAUAUUACCUUAGCCGAUCUUAGCAUGAUUUCCGUGUUCUGUACCGUCUAAAGAAAAUAAGAAUAAAGGUCGAUUAACAACCUAAUAA